AUGGCUACCGAAAAAGACACUGUCGUCCAAGCCAAGACCGACAUCAGUCAUGUCGAAGGCCAGGACAUCACCGCCUCGCCCGAGAACGAGCAGAAGAUUGAGGCCGUUGGCCGGCUGGAGGCUCUCGCCUUCAACUAUACGAAAGCAGAAGAAAAGCGCAUGCUCCUUAAAAUCGACGUCAUCGUCCUGGGCUAUGUAUCCGGCGCAUACCUCCUGGCAUAUAUGGACCGUGGCAACAUUGGGAACGCAAACACUGCGGGCAUGUCCAAAGAUCUGGGUCUCAGUGACAGCCAGUACCAGUGGCUUCUGACUGCUCUGUACUUGGGUUAUAUUCUCUUCGACUGGCAGACUGUUUUCUACAAGAUCUUUCCCGCCCGAUACUACGUUCCCACUGUCAUCGUUAUCUGGGGCACCAUUGCUGGAUGCUGUGGAGCUGCUCAAAACUUUGCGGGAAUGCUGGUCCUGCGACUUCUCUUGGGCAUCUUCGAAUCCUCCUACAGCCCUGGUCUGGCCUACUUCUUCUCCUUUUUCUACUACCGCAAAGAGAUGGGUCGACGACUAGGCUGGUAUGUGUCCAUUGCUCCUCUAGGGGCCUCUUUUGCCGGAGCCUUCGCCUACUUUGUCACCAAACAUCAUCACGCCAUUGCUGGUUGGCGUGCUUUGUUUCUUGUGGAAGGUCUCCCUGCUGUUGCUGUCGGCCUCUUCGGUUACUACUGGCUCCCAAGCAAUCCUCAAGACUGCCAAUUCCUGAGCGAGAAGGAAAAGAAGAUCGCCCGGGCUCGCAUGGUUCGCAUGGUCGGCAACGUCGAGCGCGACCGGAAGAUCAAUGUCAAGAACUUCUUCAAAUCACUACUCGACCUCAAGAACUGGUUGCCGACACUCAUGUACUUCUCCUGCAAUGUUAGCUACGCCUCUCUGCCCAUCUACACGCCAACCAUCCUCCAGGGCAUGGGCUUCACCGCUCUUCACGCCCAGGGUCUCUCGGCCCCCCCUUACCUGUUCGCCUGUCUCGUCGUGCUCGCAAUCGGUCAUCUCUCGGACCACUUCCAGCGCCGAGGUAUCUUCCUUUCCUUGUGCAGUGGAACCGCUGCCGUGGGCUAUCUCAUCUUGUGUCUUGUCGAGGUGGUCGGGGUCAAAUACUUCGCCCUCUACCUUGUCGCCGGCGGACUCUACCCGUGCAUCGGCCUCGUCCUCUCCUGGGUCGCCAAUAACAAUGGCAGCGACAGCAAGCGCGGCGCCGGCUUCAUCCUCAUGAACUUUGUGGGCCAGUGCGGUCCGCUCGUGGGCACGCACAUUUUCCCGGCGAGCGAGGCGCCGCACUACAAGAAAGGAUUCUGGAUCAGUUUCGGGUUUUGCACGUUUGCGUCGACCCUGGCACUGGCCCAGGUAGCCUGGCUCAGACACCUGAACAAGAAAUUGGACGAGAAGUACGGGCCCGUCCGUGAGAUCGUCAACGCGGAGGACGAGAUCGGCGCCGAGACUGACUCCAGCGAGAAUUUCCGGUACAUCUUGUAA